UUCGCGGUGCGAACGCUGCAAGCGGAGAUGGAGCGCAUCAUCGGUUCGCUCGAGGAAGAGGCCGCGCUCGCGCCGUCGCGACGAGGUCGAGCUCCUCGUCGCGGAGUUUGGCGUCAUGGACGCCAAGCUCGUCAGCGCCGUCGACCGCGGCGCGCCCGAUCUCAUCGACGACGACGCGCUCACCGAACUCGCGACGGACAUCCCGGAUCUCAAGUCCCGCCUGGGGAUCGCGGACGAGAGGGCGCGGAGUUCAUGUCGAGAGGCGUGCGGAUGUUGUUCAACGACGUCGGGACGUCUUUCGGUUCUUCGGCAGGGCGGUGACAGGAAGCACGCUGCGGCCGCGGGAGGUGCAGACGAUUCGCCGGACGACGCUGGACAUCUUCACGUUCGUGCCGUUCGUGAUCAUCCUGAUCAUUCCGCUGACUCCCGUCGGGCACGUGCUCAUAUUCUCGUUCAUUCAGAGGUACUUCCCCGCGUUGUUUCCGUCGCAGUUUUCGCAGCGGCGGCAGGAGCUCAUGAAGAAGUACGAGGACCUGCAACUGCAGCUGAAAGAGGCGGAGAAGAGCAAGGAGAUGCGCAGGAGGACGAGGCGCUCAAGGGCGGUCAGCGCGGUCGAGAGCCUCAUGGUCGGCGGCGGGAGCGAGGCGGAGCUCGCCGCCGCGCUCGCGGGUCCCGGCGGGGAGGGCGACAAGAAGGAGAAGGAGCGAAACCUCUUCGGGCUGAAGGGGCUUCGACGCAUGGGGUCGGAGGACGAGGAAAACAUCGAGGAGCUCAAGUCGCGCGCCGCGAUCGCGUCGCAGUCGCUGACCGAGGACGAGGGCGACGACGGCGCCGCGGCGACGGAGUCGCGAUGAUGAACGCGCGCCCGACGCCGUCGCGCUCCCGUCGCGUUUGA